GGUCCCUCUAUCAGAGAAUGCCACGUUGCUAUGACAACGCAAAAACUUUGACAUGGCGUCUCUUUUAACAGACCCGUUGUUUGAAAUCUCUGGACGGGCUCCGCCACCCAGUAAGAAUUUUCAUCACUUAGUUGUCACCAAGUCACAAGUGAUAUGGAGAUGUUGGAAGAUAUCUUUGAGAACUGUGGACAAAAACUCCAGGCCUGCACAGCUCAAGGAGUCUCACCAGGACUUCCUGGUUGACACUGGGCUGCAGUGUGAGGUCAGUGUGGUUUUCGGUCAUCAGAUCUUGGAGUACACCAAGGCUUUGUGCCAAGGCCAUUAUGAUUAUCUGGAGCGCCUGUCUGACUCCAUACUCCUGCGGAUAAUAAAUUAUCUAGAACUAGAGGAUGUGGGUCAGCUUGGACGAACGUCACGCAGGUUCAGGCAGCUAUGUGGGUCAGAGGAGUUUUGGGAGCAGGCAGUGCGGCAGCGCUGUAACACCGUUUCAGCUGAGGUGGCAUCUCUAGCAUUUGAGGUAGGCUGGCGCAGCAUCUUCUUCACCAGCAAGCUACAGUUGCAGAAGUUGAUCAGCCGCAGAAGGCUGAGGACCGAGGAGCAAGAAGAAGGACAGGUCUCUGACCUGGAGGCAAAGGCAGAGGAAUAUCUAGAUGAAAGCUCAGUUUCGGAUCAGACAUUCGGUUCAGAGUUGGAAUCUCAGCCUGACAUUAUCCACGACCUAAGCCCUGGCAGAGUCACUGGUACUGACUUUGACGCCAACUCUUACUGUGAUGUUAACCCUGGCUCUAACCCUGAACCAGAAGCUGGCUCUGAUUCCAGCAUGCCUGUGUCUGGCCAACCUUUGGAGGACAACUGUGUUGUGGAAACACUGAUGUAGAACUGCAGUCAUGGAGGAAACUACAGUGCAAAGCCAGAAAAAAUACAGAGUUAAUCCUGGUGUCAAAUGUUGCUUGUGUUUCAGUAUUAUAUUAAUGUACCAUUUCUGCAUAUUCCUCCUUCCAAGUGAGUGAUGUUUUUUUAAAUUUGUUUUUUAUUCAUGUAAUAAUAUAGUUUUGACAUUUGUUUGGUGACAUUUUCAUUAGUAUGUCCAUUGUGCCAUGACUUGUCUGCCUUUUCUUAGUACAUUCAUAAGACCAACAAAUAAAAAGGACAUUGUAAUAUA